AUGUCCAAGGAUAUUGAAUAUGAAUCAAUAAAUUUAACAUCAACUAUAAAGACUGACGCAUAUAAUCUGACUUUCCCUACAAAAGGGCUAUAUCAUCGAGAUCUCUCGUCUCCCGAAAACAAAUAUCUCGCAGACAACUUUGAAGAUGAUGAUGACGACGAUUACGAGUUGGAUCCAGAGGAGUUUAUAUCCAGUCGAGAAGGUGACCUAAAGGGCAAUGUCCCCAAGAUAGCAAACUCAAACUUUGACGAAUUUGAGGAUUUAGUCUCGCCAUUCUAUGAUAAAUAUUUGCAUCAAAAUGAUAACGAUAAUGGCAAAGAAAAGAGCUUUUUGGUGGGUUCUCAAGCUCUGGAGCUGUCUUUACAUAUAGACACGCUUUUAUCAAGUUUCUCAAGAUUGAAUAUUAAUCACAACUAUGUUGGAAUUGUAGAACACUUAUCAAGGAAAGCUGAUAUCUUGGCAAAAGAGUUGGAAUUAAAUUCUCAAAAUCACAGAAGGUUGUUAAAAAUGGGCGAUCCCGAAAUCCACCAACUGAGAUUCAACAUUCAAACAAAUUAUGAUGAACUCUCUAGCUGUUCUUUUGCAUUGAAUGAAGUAUACACCAAAAAAGCUGCUUACAAAAAGUCUAUAUGGAGAGUUUUUGAAGGUUGGGAUGUGAAGCGUAGCAAGUUAAUCAAAAAAGCCAUGGCUAUUUUGACUAGCGAGCAAGGUGUGAAAUUGUCAAGCUUGAAAGAGAAAUCAAACAAGGUGGAGGAGGAAAUAACCGAGUUGCAAACAAAGUUAGCGAAGUUGAAAGAGAAAAGGUCUCUUUUACUCAAGGAAAUCGAUGAUACAACUAGUAUUUUACAAAGUCGAACAGUUAUACUUUUGGAUCGGUUCAAAGAUCUUGAACUAAGGGGCAAGGAAAUAGCACUUGAAUAUGUGCAAAGUUGCGGUGUGCCUGAGAAAGAAAUAGGGCAGCUAUUGAGAACCAAUAUUAUUGAAAUUUCAAGCUCAUCAAGAUCAAACUCAAAUUCCAAUUCCAGUGCAGAAAAACCCGUUUUUACUAAGCCAGACCAAAACAAUCAAGCACCAAGUGCGCGUGAAUCCACAUGUCCAGAACAUCAACUGCUAACACCAGCCCAAUCUAAUAUAGGAAUCCAACCUUAUGAAUUACCAACAUCUGUUGACCCAAUAGAAAACGAAGGAAGAGAAAACACUCUCAAUCAUCGUCAAACUCCAUUUGAACUCGGAUACACUAAAGGGGCCAAUAACUCUUCUGUAUUAAAGUCUCAAAUAAAUGAUUUUAUUGCCAAGCAUAUUUUGUCUGACCGUCAGAAGAAGCAUCCACACCGUCGUUUACAACCCUUCGUUAAGCAACAACAACAACAACAGCAACAACAGCAACAACAACGAGAAGAAGAAGCAAAAUAUGAUGACGACGAUGAACCUGCCCUUGGUGAGGUGGAGGAAUUAGAUCUCAACCCUAUAUUGAAACAUCUACAACAACAAAUUUUGGCAAUAGAAAGUCAAGUAACGAAAUCAUCUCGAGAAGCAACACUUUAUCACUACUAUGGCAGAUGCUGGGAAAAAGUGAGGCAUGUGGUUUCACAACAAGAAUCAAAAUUAGAAGCUGUACUAUCUGCUUCAAGUGGGUAUCUGGAUCACAAGCUUUUGUCCGAUGUGCUCGAGAGCUCAGUGGAGCUUCUUGUUAAAGAGAGAGAUGCUAUAAGAAAUAAGAAAGUGGAUUACAAAAGCGAGAAAGAUGUAAUGAGGACCUUUUUGGAAUUAGUUGAGAGUGAAAUUGAAGUAGUUAUUGAUGGAUUAAGUUUGGUAUUAGAGAAUUCUGGACUUAGUUUUCAUUUAGAGAAAAUGGUGCAGGAGCAAGAACAGGAGCAGGAACAGGAACAGGAACAGGAACAGGAACAGGAACGGGAACAGGAGCAGGAACGUGAUCAAAAUAGUGGUGACAAAUUUUAG